AUGCUUUUGAAUUUUGGUUCUUUUUUUCUCCAAAGGAAAUUUUCGUUAUCUCAUUACAAGGAACACAUUCUUUUAAUUGAGAUACGGGAAGAGAAGUGGCCUAAACUAGGCUCGGCUGUAGGGGAUGGGAUUUUUACAGGUUGCAGGAGAAGGAUAGGAAAAGGAGAUUCAUUCAUUCUUUUCAUCAGGAGAGAGGAUUUCAUACAUUGCAGAGCUCAUGUCAACUCAGCUUCUGAAAAGGGAAAAUUGCUUUCCCCCAAAGACAAAAAGUUCCUUAAGCCUUGCCCACCCUUUCACUGGAUGCUUUAA